CAGAAUCGUGUCUCUGUAUUUCUUCACGAAACACUCACUACUUAAAGAAACGGUCUUUGGUUUUAACCCAAGACUGUCUAUCUGUCUGUCUUUUUUGUGAUCAUCAUGUUUGGGCCGGCAAUAGGAAUGGGUAAAGCAUCCCAAUCAGAAAAUCAAUAUUCUUCCUUGUGUAUGAGUUAGACCUUGUAGAGAGAGAAACACACAUGGGAUGAGAGAGAAAGUUUGGAGAUAAGAAGAUGAUGAUGAUAGAAGAUAAUUAUGUCAAUGGUGAAUUUUAGGAGGAGGAGUAGUAGUGAGAUGGAUAGAUUGAUUGGCUUCUAAGACAAGGGUAAUCAAUAAAAGUAGCAAAAAGGGUAGUCUUUUCUCUUUGCUUUGUGUUGAUAUUUUGAGACUAGAAAUCAUUAGUUCCUGCCUUCCUCACCCACCCACUAGAGAGACAAAAGGGUGGUUAGUCAUCUAUUGGCACUAAUAACCACAACCCAACACACACAAGUUAUUCAUCUCUAAGAAUUGUGGUGUGGUGUGUGUGUUUUUGUGUGUGUUUGUGUGCACUGGAGUUGUGUUGUUGCAGCAAUGUUAGCCAUUAGGCUGCUCUGGUUUCUGGUCUGCUGUGCAGGAAUUCAUGUGAUCUCCGCCUAUACGGACUCUCGCGAUGCUGUGGUACUCCGCUCUUUAAAGGAUCAAUGGCAACACACACCACCAAGCUGGGAUAAGUCAGAUGACCCUUGUGGAAGAGCUUGGGAAGGAGUCAUGUGCAACAACUCAAGGGUGACUGCUCUGGGACUAUCAACAAUGGGACUCGUAGGUAAGCUAAGCGGUGGUGACAUUGGGGGGCUCACUGAAUUGAAAGUGUUGGACCUUUCAUUUAAUCGAGGCCUCACAGGUUCCCUCUCUCCCCGGUUAGGAGAUCUGACAAAUCUGAACAUAUUAAUCCUAGCAGGCUGUGGCUUCAGUGGUAAUAUCCCAAGUGAAUUGGGCAAUCUCGCGGAACUAACCUUUUUGGCUCUGAACUCAAACGGCUUCACUGGUGACAUACCACCUUCUCUGGGAAAACUCUCCAACCUCUACUGGCUAGACCUGGCAGAGAAUCAGUUGUCUGGAACUCUCCCUGUUUCAACUAUUACCGCGCCCGGCUUGGACCUCCUUAAAAAAGCCAAACACUUCCAUUUCAAUAAGAACCAGCUUUCAGGAAAAAUUCCACUCAGUCUUUUCAGCUCCGAUAUGGUACUAAUACACAUACUGUUCGAUGGAAAUCAAUUAAUUGGGAAUAUUCCACCUACAUUAGGACUUGUCCAGACUCUUGAGGUUCUUCGGCUCGAUAGAAAUUACCUGAAUGGGGAAGUACCAUCAAACUUGAACAACCUCACUAAUCUCAAUGAAUUGAAUUUAGCACACAAUAACCUGUCUGGACCAUUACCCGACUUAGCUGGGAUGAAUUCACUCAAUUAUGUGGAUUUAAGCAACAACUCCUUUGUUCAAUCAGAAGCUCCAGCUUGGUUCUCAACCUUACAAUCCCUCACCACUCUGGUUAUAGAAUAUGGGUCACUUCAGGGGCUUCUGCCACCAAAGCUUUUCAGUUUCCCACAGAUACAACAAGUUAAACUGAGGAACAAUGCAUUCAAUGAUACACUGAACAUGGGUAACAGCAUAAGUGAGCAACUGCAACUUGUUGAUCUGCAGAAUAACGAGAUAUCUAAAGUGACACUGGAUUCUGGAUACAAAAAUACAUUAAUACUUGUCAAUAAUCCAGUGUGCUCGACUGGUAUCAAGAAUACAGAUUACUGCCAGAUUCAGGCGCAAAACACACAGACUUAUUCUACCAGCGUAGCAAAUUGCAGGGGAAAAUCAUGUCCCUCGGAUCAGAAGCUCAACCCUCAGAGCUGUUUUUGUGCUUUUCCAUUAGAAGGGACAUUGUUUUUCAGAGCGCCCUCCUUCAGGGAGUUGUCUAAUGCCAAUAUAUUCCACUCUCUAGAAAUGACACUCUGGGAGAAAUUAAACCUCACUCCUGGUUCAGUUGCUCUGGACAACCCCUUCUUCAAUAUUGAUGACUAUCUUCAGGUGCAGUUGGGACUCUUUCCAUCCUCAGGAAAAUAUUUUAAUAGGACUGAGGUACAGAGGAUUGGGUUUGAUUUGAGUAAUCAAACUUUCAAACCUCCUCCAGAGUUUGGACCCUACUAUUUUAUCGCAUCUCCUUAUGUUUUCCCAGUUGGAGGACAUUCUAUUAGCACAAGUGUAAUUGUUGGGAUAGCAAUUGGCUGUGCUUUACUGGUCCUGGUUCUUAUCGGACUAGGAAUAUAUGCUGUUCGGCAAAAGAAACGUGCUGAAAGAGCUAUUGGAUUAAGUAAACCAUUUGCAUCUUGGGCUCCAAGUGGGAAAGACAGUGGUGGGGCACCACAACUAAAGGGAGCUAGAUGGUUCUCUUAUGAUGAACUCAAGAAGUGCACGAGUCAUUUCUCUGACAGUAAUGAGAUUGGUUCUGGAGGCUAUGGCAAGGUCUAUAGAGGGGCUCUGCUUGGAGGACAAUUGGUAGCUAUCAAAAGAGCUCAGCAAGGUUCCAUGCAAGGUGGGGUUGAGUUCAAGACUGAAAUCGAGUUGCUUUCACGAGUUCAUCACAAGAACCUUGUUGGCCUUGUGGGUUUCUGUUUUGAACAAGGAGAACAAAUGUUGGUAUACGAGUUUAUGCCUAAUGGAACACUAAGGGAGAGCUUGUCAGGGAAAUCCGGUAUUCAUCUAGAUUGGAAGAGGAGACUUCGCAUUGCUCUUGGUUCAGCCAGAGGAUUAGCUUACCUUCAUGAUCUUGCCGACCCCCCUAUAAUUCACAGAGAUGUCAAGUCCACUAAUAUUCUGCUGGAUGAACACCUAACGGCAAAGGUUGCCGAUUUUGGCUUGUCUAAGCUAGUGUCAGACAGCACAAAAGGGCAUGUUUCAACUCAAGUUAAAGGCACACUGGGUUAUCUGGAUCCCGAGUACUACAUGACACAACAAUUGACUGACAAGAGCGACGUGUACAGCUUCGGUGUAGUGAUGCUUGAACUGAUAACUGCUAGGCAACCAAUCGAGAAGGGAAAGUACAUCGUCCGCGAGGUGAGACUGGUAAUGGACAGGACUGACGAAGAGCACUACGGGUUGAGGGAGAUAAUGGAUCCAUCCCUUAGAAGCACCACAUAUCUUGUCGGGUUCGGGAGGUUCCUGGACUUGGCAAUGCAAUGUGUGGAAGAAUCAGCUCCGGACCGUCCAACAAUGAGUGAAAUAGUGAAGACACUAGAGACCAUUCUACAAAAUGAUGGGCUGAACACAAACUCAACAUCAGCAUCCUCAUCUGCCACUGAAUUUAACUCUGCUAAGGGUGGUGCUCCUCGACAUCCUUACAAUGAGUCAACUCUGCCUAAAAAGGAUGUCAAUGGCAAUGGCAAUGCCAAUGAUAGUGAUGCCUUUGAGUACAGUGGUGGAUACACUCUUUCCGCAAAAGUGGAACCCAAGUAGCAUAUAUAAAUAUAUAUUAUAUGAUGUUUUGUAGGUUUUCCUUUUUGACAUUUUUGAAUUGUUUUCUUGGAGAAUUUGGUGACUAUAUGGUACAAAGACGAUUACAAAGUUUGAUUGUCCGUAAAAUGUGGGAAAAUUAUUAGUAAAAAGCGUGAAUUUGGUUA